GCAGCUUCCUGCACUGAGGGUUAGAAUUCUGCAGGGACGCGUGGGGGUGCUGGCCCAAGGCGGGGGCUCCCUGGGCGUCUCUCACCCGGGCCCGGCCCACAGCAAGCACACAGGCACUCACUGGGACCAACAGCUCAUCCCAGCUGCAGAGUCACUUGACCCUGAACCUGGCCGGUGAGGUAGGCCCUGCUCUGCUCCCAGAACUCAGCACGGCCCGAGGGCCUCCAUCCCGGGCACCUGCUCAAGGCAAAGUGCUCCUCUGAGCCAGCUCGGGACCCCAGGCCGGCCACUGGGCCAGCCGAGCCUCCGUUUCCUCCUCCGUGAAAUAGGGACAAGAAUAGCACCUGCCCCUGGGGCUGUGGGGGCGGCUCAGGGGGAUCCCCACUCUGUGGCUGGUGCCCAAGGGCUCCCAGCACGGGCCUGUGCUGGCAAGAGCCACGUGCUCUGUCACAACCUAAAAACCGCCUCCAGGCCGCCCCUGUGCCCCUCCACCCCUGCCACCCUCGUGACGGCUCCUUCCCUGCAGACACGUGCCAUCUUUGGCCUGACCAUGCCCGGCAGGCGCCCCCUCUCACCCGUCCCCGUCCCCUCUGGGGACGCACAGCCUGGCACAGACUGGGGAUGCAGGGAGGCCGGGGUGACGGGCGGCAGGUGGGGCCCUCCCCAGGCAGCCCGGGUCCUGACUGCUCUUUCAUGCCACCCCACCUCAUAGGUGUGUUUUCACACCUCUCGCCACCGCCACUGCUGGGAGGUUUUGCAUCAGAUUCCAGCGAGGAUGACAAGCUCCCUAUAUGGAGAAUGGGCUGGUGACGGCUAAUUGAUUUUACAGCGGUACCGAAGGACAGACAAUGAAACUGCCAUCAAUUUAAUCCACUAUUUAAUGGUUCCAAUUUAGCCUCUGUAAAUGCUCACUAAACUAAUUUCUCUGGGUUCAGCAAUCUGAAAAGCUAUCAUAUCUCUAAUCUCCUUCAAUAUAUUCAUCUGGAAAAGGGAAUUUAGCCAAUUCUGAUGUGCGGAGAUGAUCUGUUAGCACAGUGUAAAUGUUUAUAACACAGCAAUCGAGUUCGUUUAUAAGGAUAUGAAAAGUUUUAUUGGGGAGGGCACUGGAGUGGAACCGGCGGAUAAUAGGCAGUUACCCGGCAGGCCCUGGGCGCCCGGGAGCGGGCAGGCAUGCAGAAAAAUACUCGGAUUUGCUCUAAUCCCAAAUUGUGAGCUCAAGUUCGGCCCGGUACACAAUGCGCCUGGAACUUGGCUGCACAAAGGAGGGCCUGCCGUCCCCCCGCAGGCCCCGCGAUCCCGCCGGCCCGGUGCAUCCCCGCCACCCGCACAAAGGGGGCGGCCGGUGGGGGUCUGCGGGGGCCCCCCCCCGACCCCACCUGGGUCUACCCGGCCCCUUUGCAGAGCCCAGGGCUGCUGGCGAGCCGGCCCUUCUCCUCCGGCCCCGCCGGCCACGGCUGGGCCUCUCUGGCCGAGCUCAGCCGUCCAGCAGCGCGGGCAGGUCCCUCCCCGGCAGGGCCGUCAGAUGGGAUUUAUUAGGGAAAGUGAUGGCCAGCUGCUGUCCAUCUUCACUGACGAGGAAGCCGGAGGAAGCGGGCUUAAAUUACCCCACAGGCGGAGGGCGCCGUCAAGGUUUCUCCCCGCCAGGCGCUGGGAAGCCUGUCCCCAGCCCUCCCCGCGGGAGCGCCAUCUCCCAGUGACCUUUCCCAGGGUGGGUGCCCAGCCCCGGUGGCGGAGGAAGGCAGUCCCCGUCGAGCCCCCCACCGCAGCCCCGGACCCGGACCCAGGUACAGGUGGGCGCGGCGUGUGGAAGCCCCCGUCCCCGAAGCUCAGCUCUGUGAACGGAGCCGGGGGGCACGGGCUGAGCAGAAGAUCCGCGAGACGGGUGCUCAGGCCCCGCAGACGUGCGGGAAAUGUUCCCGGCCGGCUGACCCGCCACAGCCCCAACCGGAAACGAAGGUGCGCAGGGCGACCGGAAACCACAGACCCCGCCACGUCGGCGAGAGGAGCUCUGCCGGGUGAGUCCCCCGAGAGCCCAGACCCGCGGUCCCACCGACGUGACGCUCAAGAGCUGGCCACACUGACGUGACAAAACCGGACGGCCCCUGCGUUGCUGACAUCAACCCGCCUGCUGCCGUGGUCGGCCAGGGUCGGGGGGGGACCAGCCCCCCAGGUGCUGGAAUGUUCUGGGCCUCGUCCAGGGGCUCCGUGGGUGUGAAACUGCACACAUGAACGGGGAUCACGCCAUUCUCCUGACGUUUACGGACCUGCCGUGUGGACGCCUGGACUCCGGGUCUCCGGGGCUCCUGUCCCCAGGACAUUCUCUUUUUUUUGUCUUUUCUCGGGCCGCACCUGCGGCUCAUGGAGGUUCCCAG